AUGUCGUACCCAUACGGAGGAGGAGGGCAGUACACCGACCCUCAGCAGGGCCAAUCAUCGUCCCAGCACCCUUCCCCACACCCUUCCCAACCUCAGCAGCAAGAGUUCAACCCACCAGGCGCGUUCCCUGUCCCUUCCUGGGAGACGCUCGAACACGCACACCAACAAGCACACGAACUGAGCGCGAGCGCGAGCACGCACUCCCCGCUCGAGCACGACUCGGCGACGCCCGUGCCCACGCCGACGUCGACGUCCUUCCAGUUCGAGCAUUUAGAGCAGCAUAUGGAGAUGGACGUCGAGCACGCGCACGAGCACGACCCCAUGCAAGAGCAAGAGCUAGAGUAUGAGCAUGAGCAGCUGGACGACCCGCCGCGCGUCGUGCCCAGCCACGUCUCCCCGAUCGACAACUCCCCGAUCGUGCUCCGCCCGCCGCAUGAGCUGCCGCAUAACUUGCCGGGUCAGCAGCAUCUUCGACCGGCGGCGCACCCGCACCAGUCGCAGUACACACAUCAACACCAGCCAUAUUACCAGCACCAGCACCAGCACCAGCAAAGACCAGGCUCAUCUUCGUCCUCCGGCCUCCCACCACUACCCUUCCGCCCACCAAGCGCUGCGCCGAGCCACGCAAGCGCGAGCAGCGGUGCGAGCGGUGCGUCCUCGCGCACCUCCCUUCCCUCCUCACGCCCCUCCUCGUCUCGCCCCUCCUCCUCGCGCCCAGCGACGGCGACAGGCGUCAUCCGCACCUCGACGAGCACAACGUCAACUUCGAGGGGCGGCCGCUCGGCGGUGCAGAGCACGCACCCGUAUCUCCGGCCGGCGUAUUUGGGGAUUGGGGGUAGUCCUGAUGCGUUGGGUGUGGGCUCGGGGAUGGGUGUGGGGAUGGGAGCGGGGAUGGGUGGAGGGUCGAUGGGCAUGGGCUCAGGGAUGGGUGGAGGCAUGAGUAUGGGGUCGGGCAUGGGGAUGAGUAUGGGAGGGGUAGGAGCAGGAACAGGAGCGAAGGCGAAGAAGCCGUCCGUACGGUUCUCCAGCGCGACCGUCGCGCCUGGGGCGCAUAUGGUACCGAGGAAGACGUCGGCUGGGUCGGGCGGGAUGCCGUCGCCUGCGGUACCUUCGCCGUCGUCGACGAUGAAGGGGAUUCUGUAUGGCUCCGGGUCUGCAGCCAGCUCGCCACAGACGCCCGUGUACCCCCGCGCGUCGGCGUCGGCGUCGCCGCAAGAGCUGCUUGCGCACGCGCACUCGUUGUCGCACACGCCUACGCCUGUCCCACACCAACCCCCUCCUCCUCCCCUUUUCGCCCCUCGCCCCACCACCAGCACCUUCGCCGCACCCUCGCACCUCUCCUACCUCCCGCCCCAAACCCUCACCCAACCACACCCCCAAACGCGUCGGCGCGGCACCUCCACGAUCCCCUCCGACAUGCACUACUCGGACACGGACAACACCCUUACGGCGUCGCUCGAGCUGCCGGGGGUGACGCCGGACAACCUGCGCGUCACGCUCGGGACGUGUUAUUUCAACCAUGUGCGGUUCGUGAGUGUGGCGGCGGAGUCGAGGCCGCCGUUUGGGGUGCCGGAGUGGGGGGAGGAGGUGGCGGGGAAAGGGAGUAGGAGUGGGGUGGUGCAGGAGGGAGGAGUGAGUGAAGGACCAGGCGAAGGUGAUGAGGGAGGAGAGCCGAGAGAUGGGCCGGAAGGAGAAGCAUCGACACCGACACCGACACCGACGACGCAGCCUCAAGCAUCGACACAAGCGCAACAGCAAGCACAACCCAGCCAGCCACCGCCCGAGAAGCUGCACGUGAAAGUGGGCAAGGUGAACCCGGACGUGCGGGAGCGGCGGUUCGGGCUGCUGCGGAGGAUGAUCCAGGUGCCGAGCUACACGACGAUGGAAGACAUCCGCGCGCACUUGAAAGACGGCGUGCUCACCCUAAGGAUCUACUGCGGGAAGCCGUAUGAGCUCGACGACGAGCAGGACGUCCCCGUCUUGCUUGGAUGA